UAAAAAUCAGCUGAUAACUAUCUAUCCAUUUUAUUCCCUGAAAAUGAGUUUAAGCUUGCAUCCAGAAGUUAUAUCACAAAUAAAACAAAAUAUUGGCUGGUCUCUUCUUCCUAAAGAUAUUAAGCAGUUUUUAGGCAACUCACAAAAAGAAUAUGAUAAUGCCAUAUUACUUUAUAGUUUAGAAAAUAACCUUAGAUUUAAAGAAAAUAUAAUAUCUACAAUUGAAAAAGAUGAGAAGAAAUAUUACGAAAAACUGAUUAAAUAUUGUAAUGAGCAUUUAAUGCUCUUUCCAUAUCAUCUUUCAGAUAUUUAUAUUAGAGGUCUGAGGUUUACACCCUUUUUAUAUUAUAAGAAUUUGUUACAGGAUGUUAUGAGAAAUGAAAAAAGUUACGAUUCAAUUCCAAAUUUUACAGCAUUAGAUAUACUUAGAUUGCUUGACAUAGGAAGGAAUCAAUAUAUUGAUCUAAUGAAUAAAUGCCAUAGAAAUAAGAAAAAUCCAGAUAGCAAGCAACAAGAUUCCAACAUAUCUCGACUUCUACCUUCCCAGCCCAUAUCGGGGGCAAGAGCUGAACCCUGGUGGAUUAUCAGGGUUGGGCAUGUUACCUGCCAAGAUGCCAAACUUUUAUCUAAAGAAGAAAAAAAAUAUUUAGAUUGUUUGAUUGAUUCUGAAGAUAAAUAUGGUGUUAAUUUAAAAGAAGGCAACAAAGAGAGGCGCUUUGAGGAAGAUCAUAUAUUCCAACAUAUCAUUGAUAAAUUAUAUCUCAAGGGCCUAAUUUAUUUUGAUAUACCAAUCCAAGAUACCGAUAUAUUUGUAGUCCCACCUUUAAAAUCUUUCGUGAUGAACAGGCUCCAAGGUGACAGCGUCGAAAAUCUUCUAUAUUCCAUUUUCGCGGUGCUAGACCCUAGCCUAAAUGUUUCGCGAUUGGCUGAUCACGUGUUAGAUUUGGAAAAGGAGCUGGUGAUACGUGGAGUAUCCCUUUUGAACAGGCUGGGAUUGGCUGUACCCUACCACAUCACCGCUUAUCCUCAUACCGCUGUUUAUAGUCCUAACGACGAAAUGGAGACGCCUUCCCUUGAAGGAGACAUAUCUCUUGAUAGCUUUAUAGAAAAUUUAAAUAUAUCCGAUGCCGAAAAUAAGACCAAGGGCUCCUCUGAACAGGAUUCAUCGCCUUCCAUGAAAUCCAAUCCGUACGACGUUUUGCCGACUUCCGUCAAAAAAAUUGGCUUAGUGUUCGAUUCUAUGCUAGCAGCAUUUCUUAUGAUGGGGAAUUUAUCUCAAGGUCUCAAAACUCAUGCCAUUACCAUGUUCGAAACCGGAAAAUUACCUUGGGAAUCUUUGCAAGAUUUUUUAAAACUAUUAGAACAGGUGGACAUAGAGGCAUGUUUAAACGACGACAUAAAGAUAUACGCUAAUGUAAGUCAAGCUCUCAAGAAUACCUUGAUGGUUUUGAUAUCCACAUUUUCACCCUCCCUAUCACCCUCAUGUCUCGCCGUUAAUGUCAAAACUAAUUAUACAAACAUCCACGGGUUAGAUAUGUUGAAAUGCGAAAGUUUUACUCAGUUGAAUCGCACUACUUGCGAUAGGAUAUUGGAGAAAUACGAAACUAUCAUAUACAUCAGCCCCAUAUCCCAAUCCGUGUGCCCGAUAUUGAAUUUAGACAUACCCAUUUUUGGGCCUUGCAUGCCAGAGAUGAAGACACCCUGGUUUAGACUAUUUCUGUAUUACGUUUUUCAAAAUGGACCCGUAAGCCUAUUACUAAGGAGAGGAACCAGACUAACCAGAUUGCCCAAUAUUUUUAAAGUUUCUCAAUUUUUAAGCCUAAGUACCUGGGAACAUGAACCUAUCGUGAUACCAAUGAAUUCCUCGCUGUUAGCCAUUAAUGAUGCAUUAACUUCAUACCCUUUAUUAAUACAACCUUACCCAGUUUUAGAUCAGGCCCAAUCAAACGAUAACUAUCUUAUAUACCUUAAUUCUUUGCAAAGCGACGCUUCGAACAUAGACGCUAACGACUCGAAGAAUCCUGCCAUCUCUGAUUCACUUCCUAAAAAUGAUGAUAAACAUCCAAUUUUGGAUCACACAUUCCCCUUUGGGAAGGAUAAUUUUAAUAACGCUGCCACCGCCGAUUUGAAGCAUUUGAGUAGAUUCAAAUAUUUCAAACACUCCUUGGGAUAUAUUAGGUGCAUUAAAUUACCCGUUUUAUCUGCAACGAAUAAGGAUUGGCUUUUGCAAUUGCCCGUCAAGCCGCUGAUAGAGGAGGAUUUGGAAAAAUCGUUGUGGGAUGCUUCCGAUCGGCUAAUGUCUAAUGAAUCGAUUUAUGAAAACGAGCAUUCCAAAGGAUAUGAAUGGUGUUUUUACGAUUGCAAUUUAGGGAUACCUCUUUCCGACUUGGUUCUUAAUAAUCAAAUUUUGACCCUAAUAAAAUCGAACGAACCAUUUAAUAAUGAAAACUUACGGGAAUUGAAAAUGGCUACCAAUAUUUUCUCGCAAUGCUUCCUACAAUUCAUGAAAAAUUGCCAAUACUUUGAUCACACAUCAAUACCACUCGAUACUGAGGAACUUAUUUUCCCGGGCAAAGAAAGGGAUAAAUAUAAGGAUUUUAGUUAUCCACGUAACAACUUGCUCAUUUACCGAAAUAAAGUUUUACUUUGGGAAAUUUAACAAAGGAUAUUAAUGGCUUGGCAGAUAUGAUUUAUUUAUUUCCAAUUUUUUUUAGAAAAAAUAAUCGCAUUCCAUUUAUAAUGAACCCCGGUCAUUUAUUUAAAAUCAUUACUUAUUUCGAACAUUCCCAUUAUAAAAUAUCAAUAUUUAUAUUGUGAUAAU